AUGAAAUUCAUGCUCAUCAACCAUACGCAUCAUCAUCGUUUAACAAUAGCGAUGAAAUUCGAAUUGUGCAUUUUACCUAGUAAAAGUUCAUUACACAUUUUUGGUAGAUUAACUAAAAAUGAUGGAAUUACUCUUACACAAAACGUACAUUUAAGUAAUAAUGCUGUAUGUUUUUUGUUUGAUGAAAUUCGCUAUGAACUAAAUGGUAUUGAAAUUGAUCGCUGCAAAUACGUUGGACAUAUUACAAUCAUGAAAAAUUACACCUCGCAAACACCAACUCAGUUAAAUUUUAUUGAAAAUGCUGGAUAUUCAAAAAUUGCAGCUGAUGCAAGACUUGUAUUGGAAAAUGGAUAUUUUGAUGUCACAAUACCACUCAGCAUGAUUUUUGGUUUUGCCGAAGAUUAUAAAAAAAUCAUUAUGAACGCUAAACAUGAACUUAUUUUAACAAGAGCACGUUCUGACGUGAAUGCUGUAAUUCAAACAGGACAAGGAGGGGAUGAAGAAUGCAAAAUUUCCAUAAAUAAACUUGAAUGGAUGGUUCCAUACGUUUUGCCUUCUGACAAUAACAAAGUUAAAUUAAAUAAAUAA